CUGACUAAGGAAGUGGCCUUUUACUAAUUUAUUUUUUAAUUAUGAUGAUUGUAUGGCGUUAGACGGGUUAAUUGUCUCUUUUUUUAUUGUUUUGAUUGUGCAUGUUUAAUUGCAUUGUUCCGUUGAUCUCUUGAACUGUACCGGUUAUUAUCUGUCGCAGUCACGAUGACAGUCACUGUGAUCAUCUGUAACUAAUGAAUGAACCGAAAACAUCUGACCUGUUAUACCAGAAACUGGCAUAUUUAACUGUAGCCACUGUUAGUGUAUGGAUAUUGGACGUACUUGAACAAAGAUUCCGGAAGAAUCGAAGGUAAAUUGUUUAAUUUGACUCUAUUUAGCAGAUCGCAACCGGUCGCUCGCGACAAAACGCUUUGAAUACAUGUGCUGUUAAGAGGACAAGCGUUAAAGUAAUAUUUAUAUUAUAAACCAUAUAACCACUCUCCAUCGUCAUGGAUUACAUACACACGGCCAGAUCAGUGGAAGACCGUCUCUUGAGCUACAGAAAAGACGAGUCCGGAUGGAAAACAUGCAAAAAAACUAAUGAUGUGGUGGUGUAUUGGAGACCCUCUUGUGAAUUCGCGGGUAACCUGUAUAAGGGGGAGGGGAUUGUCAAUGGCAGUCCAGAGAAAGUGUGGGACUGCUUGAAACCUGAAAUCAAUGGACUACGUGUAAAAUGGGAUGCUAAUAUAAAAAAGUUUGAGCUGCUUGAGCAGGUGUCUACGGAUGUUUCGAUCUGUCGAACGGUCACGCCUUCGGCUGCUAUGGGUAUUAUAUCACCUCGAGAUUUUGUUGAUGUCAUUUCCGUUAAACGCUAUGAGGAUGGCACAGUUUCAUCAAAUGCUACCAAUGUAAGCCAUCCAAACUGUCCUUCUCAACCUGGCUACGUCAGAGGCUUCAACCAUCCUUGUGGCUGUUUUUGUGUUCCUGUUCCUGGGGAACCAGGCAAAACGCAGCUGUUCAGCUUUUUCCAGACUGAUCUUGGAGGUUUGCUUCCUCGUUCGGUUGUCAAUUCAUUUUUCCCCACUAGUAUGGUGGAGUUUUACAGCAACCUGACCAAAGCCGUAAAAUCGCUGAAAUAGUACCAAUGGCACUUUAUAGAUAAUAUACCCCCCUUUAAUCUUAAAUGUGAAUAUUUUAAUAAUUUAAUUGCAUUUAAUUAAGUUUUAGUGGAAAGUGAAUUUACUGUACUUGUAGAUUUAUUCCUGAUUCUUCCAAUAGCUACACGUGUCCAAACACACUUGCACAUAGAGUUAAGAGUACUGGAACAUUUUGUUUGACAUAUUAUUUAGGAAAUUCUGAAAACUUGAUUCAAACGAUGAACUAUUGCACAAAAAAUUAUACAUUUAUGCAAUUGGCAGAUGCUCUUACAGGGUUUCUGCGGAUUUUAAUCUUAAUUCACUUUUAAACAAAUUAAGGUCUUAAAAGGCCCUAAAUAGGUGCAGAAAGCUUAUAAAUUCAUGAAUGGCAUUCAAUGUUGCAUGCACUGCAAAAAAUGAAUAUUUUCCUCAUUAUUUUUGUCUUGAUAUUUUGGCGGAUCAAAUAUCUGAACAUCCUUAAUCAAGAUACAUUUACUUGAGAUGCAAAAUGAAUAUAUGAAGUCUGCAACUGAACUAAACAGCACAAAAUUAAGUGAGUUUAUGCUUAAAACAAGAACAAAUAUUUGUCAGUGGGGUCUGAAAUGGGGUCUCAUUUUGAGCCCUUUGACAGAUUUUUGUUCUUGUUUUAUUCAUAAACUCCAUUUGGAUACAUUUCUCAGAAACAUGGCAAUUUGCUUCUUGAUUUAAACAUUUUUUUAGAAGCUUGCACCACAAAACAAGACAAAAUAACUGAGGAAGAACAUCUCUUUUUUGCAGUGUGAUCAGAAGCUACAAUGAAAGUAAUUUCCAUACUCUUGGUUGGGAGCAGAGGUAUUUAAGCCAUAAGCUAUUUUUAGUAAAAUGUAUUAAAAAGUAAAAGAGUUUUGUUGGAAGUUUCAAACUUGCUAAUACAACCCAUUGUCUGCUCUAGACAUUCACAUUCAGAGAACAUAUUGAUGUUUUGUGUUCCCUUCACUCCAUUUCAUACAUUUUCUUUACAUUGUCUUAAAAUGUCUUCAUAAAAUCCUGCAGAAACCCUGUUUUAUCCAAAGUAACUGAAAGUGCAUUCAAAUGACAUUUUAUCAGUCUGUUUGUUAUAUGGGAACUGAACACGGUGUUGGUGUUGCUAGCAUCAUGCUCUUUGCCUGUUGCAGAGUCAUUCCAUCAGGGUUUUUUUUGUUUUUUUUUAACCAUAAUUCAGUAGUGUGAUCCUAUAAUGUAGCAUGAUAAUAGAUUUGGAUUAUUUUCAUUCAUAUUGUUCAUUCAUUGUUAACUUUUUUGGACUAUACAGCUCUAUUUUAAAAGGUAGUGAGCUGCCUUGCCGUCUGCUGGUUUGGAGCUCCCUACAUAGGCAGCACAAAUAAUGCUCCUCACAUGAAGCAUAAGGGAGUCGACUCACGAUUGAUUUAAAGAGUUUGAUUUUAUCAUACAACAUGACGCUACUUUAGAAUGAGGUAUCUUAGAAGGCAACAUAGGGUUACUGCUUCUGUGUCAGGAGUGCAUGUUUGAUGUCUGGCCUAAAUAGGCAGUUCACUCAUUUUUGGAACAGAGUUUUAUUUUAAUAAGCUGUUUUGAGAGUUUCAGUUACAUAUUUGAGGACAGUUGUCUUGGACUGGAGAUUACAUUUUUGAGUAUUGGAGUUUUUGAUAGAUGCUCAAGCUUGACCCUUACACAACAAGUCUGGGUGUUAAUUAUGCUGAAACUUUCUAUAAGUAUUUCCAUAUUUGAAUAUUUUAGCGCAUAAAUGGCUUUGGCAAAUCGAUGUUUACAGACAGACACAUAUCUUCAGACAAAUUUGAAGAAUUGCAUUUACUGCUGUUCUCUGUUAACACAAUUGAGUUUAUGUACUGUAUUUUUGAGACUGACAAAAAAGGCCAGAACAGUCAUGACAGGAUUAUGAUGAGGGAUGUUAUGAUAUAAUGAUAAAAGAAUAGCCCACAGGCUUAAGGUUUAGCUGGUUGGCAUGACCCCAGUGGCCCCUGCUGGUGGCCCAGUAUAAAGCUUUUUUCUCCACUGAUGGCCAAUCAAAAGUAUCCUUGUGUUUGUUGUAUACAAGUAUCCUCAUCCACUGGGCCCUGUGCCAGCCAGACCAGCAACUGCCAUUAAGAUGAAUGAGAAUUCUAAUAGAACGGGGAGUUGAGUGGAACCCUGUGUGGAAUCAGAGUAAUUAAGAAUGACUGAAAUCCCCAUAUUUUUUAGUUCCCGAGUUUGAAUUGAGGUAGAGAACAAGAUGCAGAGUUUGAAUUAGAAUUUACUGAAUUGAAUUAAACAAGUGACUGAAUGAAAUUUAAAGAAAUCAUCUGAAAUAUUUAAAAUUAAUAUUAAAUAUAGUAUGUUAUAUACUUAAUAAAUUAACUCAAUGAGUUAAUCAUUUGAUGAAUCAUGGAAGAAAGUUAAAAGGGAUAGUUUACCGAACAAUUCUGUCAACUCACCCUCGAGUUGUUCCAAAUCUGUAUUUAUACUUGAAGACAAAAUAUAUUUAGAGGAAUGU